AUGGUCAUGCAAGUGAUGAAGAGCAGGAGGAAGAAGGCGGAGAAAAGAGGUGAGGGAGACCAGAGGAGGGACACUGGAUGGGUUUUGAACAGCCGUCUACAGUGCGUCUACUAUGAGGAUUUAAACCAUCACUUAAAAGUUGGAGCGGUCUCACGAGUCACCUCCAUCCACGCUCACACCCACCCGCACCACCUGCUUCCCUCACUCUGCUCCUGUCUCCUGGUUCUGUCCUCCCUCAUCCACAACACCGCUAACCUCUUCUACAGCAUCAAACGCCAGUGGUACCUAUUGCCUCUAACUGCACCUCCAGGGAUGUCUCACCACAAGCCCCUGGCCCAACCCCCAUCCUCUGCUUUAAUAUCACAGGGAGAGCAACACUGGCUCUGUGGAGAGAACAGAGCCCCCACAGAACUGAAACCUGCAGGAUGA